GUUUAGUAUAAUAAACUGUAGAGACACAUUCUAAACUCUUUAGUAUUAAUCUCCGGAAAAUGUAUAUAGUUCCUCAGAAGACCACUUACAAACAUUUUUUUGUGCAAUAGAGCCAUUUCAGUUUUUGCGAAAGAGUCAAAAUUUCCGAUUUUAGUGUUCCGAUUCCGAUUUUACUACGUUUGUAAAUGUAUCGUAGGAUUUGUAAGCAGUCGCUCACAAUGUUACCAAACGGCGUUCCUCUUUUCCUCCAAUUUUCGAAAUCUUUCCUAUUUGGAUAUAUCUUCUUGAUAUGCAUUCGAUUUGUGGCGAAAAAUCUUCAACUGUACAAAAACAUCGAGUAUCUCGAGCUGCUGCCCGCUUUGGUGAAAAAUGCCAUCUUUCUGAACGUGGUGCGCGUUCACAAAGGCUUCCACGACGAGGAACUGCCCCGGCUACUGCUCAACUCGUCCCUCACCCGUGUCAACCUGUCCACAUCGACCAUCACGGACGGCCUGCUGGCGCUGCUGGCGGAAAAGUGUCCUCACCUGCGUAGCCUUACCCUGUCCGAGGGCAAUUACCGGUUUACCCGGCCCGGGCUGUGCGCAAUGAUACAGCGGCUGGGCAAGCUGCAGCAUCUGUACGCGAAAAACUGUCCACAGGUGGAUGACGAGUUUGUGCGGCUGCUGGCCACCAGCUGCCCCCAGCUGGACACACUCGAUCUCGAGUCGUGCAAACAGGUGGGCGACGGGUCGGCGGACUCUUUGAGCGGGAUGCCCCUGGUACGGUUGAAUCUGUCGUACACGAGCAUUACGGACAAAUUUCUCAAAACGAUCGCUAACGAGCGGUGCGGCAAGACGCUUGAGGACCUGAACGUGGGCCACUGUCCGAUCACGAGCGACGGGCUGAAGGCGCUGUCAUGGAACACGAUCAAGUACAUUGGCUUCGAAGGGUGCAGCAUUGAAGAUCUUGAAAUUGUUGGCUUUGGCAAGCAUCUCAAGUACAUCUGCUGGACCAUCUCUAACUGAUACAGUGGAGACAGCGGACAAAAACGACAAACUUUCACGGAAUACCUGAAUCUCAUACGAAAGGUAGUUUUCACCUGUAUUGUUUCUUUCGACAAGCAAGUAAAUUUAUGGACAGGAGCCUGCUUUUUGCCGCGUAGUAGUUAUAAGUAAUAGUCAAUGACAGACUCAUUUCUUACGAUUUUAAGAUUUUAUUACGGAAAUCAUUUGUCUUUAAACAGUAUGUAAACGAAGUGUUUUGUUCCAUGGAGCACAUUCGACAGGCAAUAUGUAAUCCAGUGAUAGCAAUGAGACAAAGCAAAAAAAAACAAACGUAUAUUGCAAUACUUAAACACCGCUUUCUCUAGCCAGCAAUGCGGGCGGGGAGGCCAGUUUACCGUGGACCAACAAAGCUAACAAAGGUACGAAAAGGAAUCUGCUUGCUCCUAAAAGGAACAAUACGAUAGUAGAACCUACGCUCUAUCACACUAGACGAUGAUAGCUAUAUUUUAACGGAUGCACUUGAACAGCAUCGACUACUCCUAUAAUCUAACUAUACUAUACCGACACUGUUUAGCCACACAUACACAACCUAGCAUUAAGGGAGCGACGUUACGCUUGUAAUGUCGUUAAUUAAACUAUUGCAAAAUAAUAAUACCACCACCACUACUACUACUACUACACGACUACUUCUAGCAAACCUUAUCUAGCCACUAGCAAAACAGACAAGCAAUCAAUUGUAAUACUACCGUAUAAGUAAAGCAAGCGCAGUUUGCGUACAUAGACCCACUUUAGGCAAGGGAGAAAAAAAAAAGGAAAAUCCUUUAUCCCAGUAUAUUCCCCCGUACUGCAUCCUUUUUACACAAAACAAACAACUAAAAACGUGUCCCAGUGGUAGUGCGCAACGCCCAAAAGGAUUUUCAAAAGGACCAUUAAGUAUAGCAUUAGUAAUAAUAAGCUAUUAUAGGACGUACAAGCUACAACGCGAAUUGUAGUUAAACGUCCACAGUGCAGUAAUGCUGAAGGCACAGGCAGACAGCAGCAAGCAGUAACAGAAAAGAAAAACUAUUUUAACGCGGUGAUUUUAUUGUACCAAUAGUAAAGACACCGCUCAGUUAGGAGAAGAGUAAAAAUCAAACCAGUUUUUCGUCUGAUUGAUUUAAGAUGAGCGGGGUAGAUAAUUCAGGCCAGCUUUACAUCGAACUCAUUUUAUUUUUUUAAUUAAAUGCAUCCUCAACAUUAGUUUUAAUGGAAGAUGUGUUAUUAAUAGUAUUCUCUUGUUUGCAUCAACUAUGAUCUCAUCCUAUUCGCUAAGAAGAGCAAACAAAAUACGCUACAUCAAUUUCAUUGCAACUUCGUAACAGUAUUUGUACUUUAUAUUGCACCGUCCAAUGGACAUCCGUUUUUAAACAAGAGGCUUUGUUGUUUUAUGAACACGGUUUUACAUUUACUUCACUCCAUUACAUUUUACUCAUUCAAAUAAUAGCCCUCGCGUCAGUCAUGUUCCUAGUGUCGACACAUACAAAAUGUCCAUUUAAAAUGCACCAAUAAUAAAUAAUGUACCAGGGGGCUGGAGGCGAAUUGAUAAUGAUGUUAGAACGAUACACGUGCAUCCUUGCGCACACACGCAUACACACACACAGGAAAGCAAUGAAUUUUUAAAAUCUUGAUAACUUGUAUCCUGUCUAACUUGUAACACUGUCAAACUUAAAUGUCGCAAGCGUGCGGGUAAAAAUUAGCGUAAUAAUUGAAGAAAAUACGAAGCAGCAAAACGAGUUACUACUACUACUAUGCGUCGCGGACCAAGGUUGGAGGCUGCAGUAAGCGGCAUUAGCAGCGAGAUUUCAAAACCGCCCGUUUCCGUUUUUCCCACACAUUUCGGGUGGUAAAAGUAACGAUUUUGUUAUAUCCAAAGUGUAACGCGUAAUAGCUUUAAACAACAAAAAAAAAAACAUCGAACCAGGAAAGCAAUAGCACGCACAUGCUUGCAAUGCUUGAAAUGGAGCAGAGACGUUAUGGAAGGGAAAAGGGAUACAAAAGAGAGGAAGAUAAAGAGCACGUCGCAAAAUUUAAUCCUCCCGUUUCUUAAUAAUCACUCUGCCCCUUUCGAAGUUAACCAUUUAAUCAGACCAGUUUUUCAAUACGAGAUACAAAAAAAGUUCAAGAAAUACCUAUACAAAUAUAUUCACAUACAAAAGAGUUUCACAAGCAAAAAUAAGGCAUUUUAAAUAACACAAUUCGCGAGCGAUUUAACUAAUGUAUCACACCAAACGUUACGGGCACACCACCACACAUUGUUCCAUUCCAGUACUAUUUAUUAAUAAUACAAAACAAAUGGUAAAGAUUGAGUCACACACAUACAAACACAACAACAUUGAAUAACUACUAUAACUACUACUUACUAACGAAGCGAUUUGUAACGAUGCAAUAAUUAAGAUGAAUAGUGAUGGGUUACUACCGCAUGUAUACAGACCAGGUACACGUACAUUGCAUAAUGGUAUGUAUGUAUGUAUGCCCGAAUGUUUUUAAAAUCAAAAUUUUAUAAUCGAACAGUAACAAGGAUGGAUAUAAUAGUAUUGACAUCGGGUGGAGUGGGCUUUCGAAGUGGGUACACUUUGGAGCUCCUUAACCUCGUGUUCAGUCAUCGAAAAACGGAACCAUAAUAACCAUGCAACUAAUAAUAAUAUUAUUAAUGAGAAUAAUAAUAGUUAUAAUUAUAGAAUAUUAAUAAUAAUGCAACAAAAAGCAAACACUAUAUAAAUGCAAAAUUAUUGUAAUCGAAAACACCACUACUGCGCUAGGAUGCAAGCAUUGUUAGUUGUUAUAAUAUUGUAAUAAUUAAUUGCAACACGUCUCUGCUCUGCCCACCCAGCAACAUGGGUACAGGGCCGUGAAUGUUUCAAUAUUCUCAAUACAAUAUUCUCCCUAUUUUUACACAACACAUAUGGCAACACCCAACAUUAACACAAACAUACGGCAAGUAAAAUAAUGAAAGUUUCUAUUGUCACACAAAAACACGGAAACAAAGCACAACCGAAACCCAAAGCACCCAUUCACACUCCCGCAGGAACUGUUUUGGAGAAGAGUAUUUUUAUAGAAAUUCAUUAAUAUCUAGUAAAUAAUAGUCAUUAAGCGCCAGAUUUUAGAGCGUGUUGAAAACGGUAUAGAUAAAUAGAGUAAACUAGUUAAAAAUACAGACGCACCAGAGGUCUUAUAUUUUGUUUUAUUUCGAAUUAGUUUGAAUAUGUUGGUAUUGCUUUAGUAUUGAAACAUGAAUAUUGAUUUGAAAGUGUGGAAAUUUUAGUGUUUUUUUUUCUUCUCACCUAUAUUUAGGGGAAAGCGGAGCAAAAUGGACAUGUUAACGGUUUUGGUCUGUAUCUUAUUGUAGUUAAACCACUUUACACUGUUAACGGCAAUCGAUACUGCAACGUCUUAUUCAAGAAAAACAAUCAGAAGUUUACCCAUUAAUAACAAAUAUAUAUGUUUAAAAUUUAUUUUAAAAAUCAA